GUUCUGGACAGCUUGCGGUCUCGUCCUCGUACCAUAUUAUUUUAACAAUCCAUACAGCCUGACCUUUAGACUGUAUAGGCGCUUCCAUAAGGUUAAUUUUACUUUCUACUUCAGCCUAUCCAAGAUAAACUACCAGACCAAGAACCACCAGAAUAGCCACCAACCAAAAUCACCAACCAACCCCAACUCUCAAAAAGAAACAAAUACCACUCCAAUCCCAACGCUCCAAGAAAACACCCCCAAAAUGGCCGACGGCAUCGACAUAUACAACCAAUACCCAUUAGUCCUGGACCCAACCUCCAAAGCCAUCAACCUCUCCUCACAAAACACAACCCCAGCCUCAGCAAACACAGUAACCAACGAACUAACCGAACUCAAUGCCCUCCACCGCGGCCUCAUCUCCCUCGACCCGCCCAGCAUCCCCCCACCCCCACUCCCCAUCAACCCCAAGCGCAGCGCCCAAAUCACCAAGCUCCGUGACAGCGCAAACACCGCCUACCGCAAGGACAACUACGCCGAAGCGGUGCGGUUAUACACCUUUGCCAUCGAGAUGGGGAUCGCGCGGCCCGGAUGGGAGCCUAUGAGUCUUGCGAGAGAGGAACUGGCGGGGUUGUUUGCGAACCGCGCGCAGGCGUAUAUGGCGCAGCAGGCGUGGGCGGAAGGUCUGGUCGAUGCGAAGUGUAGUGUUGAGAGUAAGCCAGUCGGGAAUGUGAAGGCUUGGUGGAGGGCUGGGAAGUGUUUGGCUGAGAUGGGACGGUGGGAUGAGGCGCAGGUUGCUAUUGAUAAAGGGUUGGAGUUUGAGCCGAGGAGUGGGGAUGGGGCUAAGGAGUUGCUUGCGUUGAUGGAGGAGGUUAAGGAGGGGUUGAAGAGGUCGAGUACUUCUGCUUAGGUUUUGUUUGUGGGUUCUGGGAAGGUUGGUAGAUGGGGGAGGAUAGAUAGAGGUUUGUUUAAUGGGGCCUGCAUACAUCCUUGGGCUGUAUUAUCAUUUGUGAUUUUUGUAUGUCUGCAUGGUUUGUCAUUAUGGGUUUCGUUUUGUUAGUUCGGGCGUUUGGUUUGGAAUGAACUGGUCUUGAUAUCUAUGUCUAGGUCUAUAUAUAGUAGAAGGGCAAACAGUACACAGUGACCCACCCCUCGGACAUUCAAAAAGGAAGAUAAGAAGCCAAUACAAGGUACUAAAGUGAAAUCGUUA